CUCAAGGCCUUUAUCUCUCCCAGAUCAACCCCUUUACGUCUGCAUAAUGUGCGUUGCUGCGUCCUCAGUUCAGCCGCCCGAACCCACGUUCUAACCCACGAAACCACCUGUGUCGCUGUUGGAUGUUGGAUGGACAGGUCUGAGCCUUACGACCCCUACGUCCCCCGCAACGGCGCCGGCGGAGCACAAGGCUCCAGCCAGGGCCAGGGGAACCAGAAGACGGCUGCGAUCCAGGCGCAGAUUGACGACACUGUUGGGAUUAUGAGAGAAAACAUCACCAAGGUCGCAGAGCGUGGAGAGCGGCUAGAUUCGCUGCAAGACAAGACCGAUAACCUUGCCGUUUCGGCCCAGGGGUUCCGUCGCGGGGCCAACCGAGUGAGAAAGAACAUGUGGUGGAAGGACAUGCAGAUGCGCCUUAUCAUUGGUGUUGCUAUUGCCAUUAUUAUCGUGAUCAUUGUGGUGUCCAUCGUGAAGACGACCAAGCACUAGCCGCAGCAUCAUUAUUUGCCCUUACUGGUAUUGCCACGUUCUCAACCUAGCCCAGACUUGUUUACCUCGCUCCCGUUUCUCUCGUUCUCGCUUUUCUCGUUGAUUCCACGAUUGCAAUGUGUUGUAUCUAUGCAGCAUAGUAUAUCUUUUCCGCUCGUAAUGUGUAUUCUGUAGGACGGCCAAAGCAGGGCGCCCAUGAGCAAUACCAGGCGUCGGAGCGGAUGGACGAUGUUUAUAUCUCAUGUGUAGAAGGAAUGAGCUCAUCAGGAGGCCAGGGUCGUGGUGAUGGGGUGUUCCCACGCCAUCGGGUGGGUGAUGUGGUUUCUGUUUCGGUGCAGUCUCCUGGAUUUUCUUGCCCUCCGACUACUACUAUUACUUCUAUUACUUUUACUCUUAC